AUGAGUAAAGCGAUCAAAGAAUUCAUUACCCACGCCGGUAGCCAGGAAACUGGUGAAUCCGGUCUAAGGUCCCCAAUCGUAUGUGGGGGGGACUGCGACCGCUUCGUAGGCUCACCGAGCCUCCGUGAACCCAUGACAGACAAGGCUUUUGCCACUACCGGACAUGACUCACGCGCGCCAGCACCGUCUGCGCUUUCCGAAGCGCGGGUGGUGUUGGAGCGUAUCCCAACCCCAGAAUUGACUCCAGCAUCUAGUGCUGAUGGUGCUGCCCCUGGGCCAAGUGCCCAGCCGGCGCAGCACAGGAUUAUUCCUUUCACCGUUUCGUCUUCGGACGAAACGUGUAGUUUAAGGACUGUGUGCUCUAUGGAGAGCGUGACCUCCCUCCCAGAGGUCAAACUGUGGCGCAAGCGCAAACCAGUUUCGCUCUCGGAACCGUCCUCUGACGACGAGGACCGGGCGUCGGUAACGACGCCCGGCUCGCCUGUCAUAAGGGCGCGGGCCAAGCGAGGUAGAGGUCGCCCUCCCACCACGGGCGAGUAUGUUGGCCUCGCCAAGGCCAAGGCUGAGCUCAACCGCGCCAUGCGGGAGGAGCUUAUCCUUCAGGCCGAAAAAGAGGUGGCCGAAUCGGCCAAGAAGGUUUUCCGCCUCCGAAGCUCUGGCACAUCUCUGGAGACUGAGUCUGAAUCACCGAGGAGAGACCUCGGCUCGGACGCCGUCCCUGAGACUGUUGCCGAGCUGUGCCAAAAGGCGAAAGACGCGGCCGCGAUUGUUGAAAACGUGGCCUGCAAGUCGGGUCGGGUGAAAGGCACGUUUGUUCGCGCCUUAAAGGAGUCCUCGAAACUCAUUGUGAGUGUCUUGGACGUCCUGCGCGACACGACGUCGAGCGACGAGACGCGAAACCUGCAGGCUCAGAACGCCCGCCUGCAGAGAACAUUGGACGAGCAGCAGAAGGAGAUUGACGUCCUUCGGCAGGAGAUGCGGCAAAUGAAGGCCUCUUUGACCGCAUCCCAAGACAUGGCACAGCCAGCGCCUGCGCCACUCUUGGCGAGCGCGCCUCCCGAGCAGCCGGCAGAGAGCUUGCGCUCGGAGCCGGCUCCGAGAGUUGUGCGCACCAAGCCGGCGAAAACAUCGGUCCCGCCGCCGCCCGAGGGCAGUCGAGUCGCGUCCUAUCCGGGUGAAGACCUCGCCGCGCGGAUCAUAAGCCAAGUUGGCUUCAUGAUCAAUGCGAGACUGGCAGGUCUGGAGGACAGACUCCUGCCCCCGAGAGUGAUGCGUCCACCGCUGGCAGCGGACCGAAAGAACGCGUCCACAUACGCUGCUGCAGCGAAGGCGUCCGCUGCCGCAGCGAGGACUUCCGUCGCAACCGCGGCGAACAAGUUGGUUGCUCCUGCACCCAAGACGACUGGCACUGCACGCGCUGCCCCGGCAGCGGCUGCCAGCGGCUUGAACCCUGCGCCUCGGAAGAGGAAGAGGGGUGGCAGGAAGAGGAAGAGGGGAGGGAAUGGUGGCCAGAGUGAGGCCCAACCCCUACCUUCAGGGUCCGCUGGUGACGGUUGGACCGUUGUCGGCCGAGGCCGGAAGAAGAAGGCGGCUCCGGCUCAACCGCCACAACGCCCUAAGGCUCCCAAGCUGCGCCCACCGCGCACAUUUGCGGUGGUAGUGCAGCUGCAGCCAGCGGCAGUGGAGAGCGGAGCAAGCUACGCGGACAUCUUGAGGGAGGCCAAGUCCAAAGUGGACUUACAGAGCCUCGGCAUCUCUGGCCUCAAGAUCCGCAAGGCGGCAACCGGCGCGCGAGUGCUGGAGGUUGCGGGCGCCUCUAGCGCCGAGAAGGCCGACUCCUUGGCUGCCAAGUUAAGGGAGUCGAUGAGCGGAGACGUCGUCAAAGUCUCCAGACCCACAAAGUGCGCUCAGAUGCGCGUCGUGGGGCUGGAUGACUCCGUCACCGCUCAGGAAGUGGUGGAGGCGGUAGCCAAAGCCGGUGGCUGCGCGGCCGAUGGCAUAAAGGCGGGUGCCAUACGCGAAGGAGCAGGCGGUAUGGGCUCGCUCUUGUUAAGCUGCCCAAUUGCUGCUGCCAAAAAGGUGGCUCAAGGUCGCCUCCUGGUGGGCUGGACCUCUGCUCAGGUCAAGGUGCUGGAGCCGCGCCCGCUGCGGUGCUUCCGGUGCCUCGAUAUUGGGCACACGCACGCCUUGUGCAAGUCCGAGGUGGACCGGAGCACUCAGUGCUUUAGCUGCGGCCAAACCGGCCACCAGUCUGCUCAGUGUUCCGCUGCCCCGCAUUGCACAGUGUGCGAAGCGGCGCGAAGACCGGCGGAACACCGAUUGGGCGGUUCACUAUGUACCGCCCAAUCAAGGAGCAAGAGGAAGAGUCGCAAUGGCCCCCAGGCCCCCUCGCGACCUUCCCGCCCGCAAGCCGCGGGACCAGUUGGCGAGCCCAUGAACACUAACUGA